UCUGAGUGUGUCUAGCGCUCUCUCUCUCUCUCUCCUCUUCUUCUGUGUCAGAUGCCAUACCAACAACGACAGCCACUGCCACCCUACCUCGGCCGACGGCGAGCAGCGACAUCACCAGAUUUGAAGUUUUUUUUCCUAUUAUUCUCAGAUCUGAAUCUCACCACCAGUGACCCAGCAACUCAAGCGACACUACAGCCACCACCGAAUAACCCGCUGUCCAGUUUGAAAUGGGAGAUGCCUCGAAAAUCGAUGUACACAAGGUGAUUUCGUACAGCAACGACCUUGUCGAGUUCCUAAACAACCAAAAGGACGUCAACUGCUUGAAGCAUUGUUUGGAACAAUCUAAGGCUCUUCAGUUUCAAUGUCAUGCCCAUUUCAAUGAUGUCCAGAGCUCGAUUCAAGAUUGUGAGAAGAAGAUAGAUAUGUGCAAACAAAAAACAGACGAGACAAAAUCUGAAAUUGCUGAAGAUGCAGAAAUAGAGUUGCUACAAAAAGAGUUGGAAGAGGAAUUUCAAAGAGAACAUCUACUAACGGAGGAGCUUAGAGUUAUCAACAAUGAGAUUGGUGAGCUCGAAUGUCAAAGGGUUUCUGUUGAAGAACGACGCCAAAUUUGGAAUAAACUUGAGCAAGAUGGGCUGAGAGCACAGAUGAAGCUUUCAAUGUAUGCUUCUGUCACGAAUAUCAUUCCCAACUUGGAUGAUCAGUCCGAAAUAUCAGGCUAUAUUGUGGAAAAAGAUAGAAAUGUUGUUGAAAAGUUUGAAUUUGACCCAGUGAAGAUGACUGCCUACGAUACAUGUAAUAGCAUUUGGAAGAUGAUAAAUAUGUGAUCAAAUUUGAAUAUUUUUGGCUUUAGGAUAUGGAAUCCAAUGUAUGAAUAUUUAUUCUGUGAUCUCAAAAGCUUUUGCAUUUUGAUUAUGACCUUUAUGAUUUCCGACUCUUUUUAACUUAAUGUGAAGCUCUAUUUCUUGAA